AGGUGGGAACGACUUGUGCCACACCAUCGCGAAAAAGCUGGAGAUUUUGAUGCAACCAGGCAAGGCCGACAGGGAUCGUGCUCUCCGAGCCAGUCAGGUAUCAGCAACGCACCCUUUCUGACGUGAUGAACCUGUACUGCAUCCAUCUGACAGGCACUGCCGUGCCGCCCGGGCAAGUCCGCCAGCCGCCUCGGCACGGCAUCGUUCAAGCUUCUUCCAGAAUCCUUCCAUGGAAGGUUGAUUUCUUGAUGCCUUGCUCCGGCUCUACAAGUACUGUAGCUGGGAAGCAUCAUGCAGCGCAGGAUGCAUUCAUCACGCCUUUGCCUGCCACUCAGAGCCUGCUGGGAGCGGUGCAUGCCGCCACGGAGGGAUGCCCGGUUGUGAUGUGCAGGGCAAAUGCAACCCUCGCGGCAGGGCGGCAUGGUGCUGCUACCUCUUUGGUGUAGUCCGAGCCGAGGAGCAGGUACCUACCACAUGCAGCAUGCAAGCGUCGGCAACUUGAACUCGAAUAGCCCAUC